GGCGAGGUGUAUCAACGGUGCAGCUGGCGUGUUUUAUGGGUUUCCGAGCGUCGUCUUCUAAAACAAUCGUGAGAAACGGGAAAACUGGGAAAUACGUCACUCUUUUACCUCCCUAAACUAGAUAAAGAAAUGCGUAGUCCGGGGACAGAAUUCGUCCAGCUUCAGCCUUGACGUUUUGAGUUCUACAGACACUCAAACGCACACGCACACACACACAUCAUAAAACACAACAUCAUAGGUGACACCAUGCAGGUGCCAUUUGAUGCGGUCAUGACAGAGGCGUUUCGACGAGCGCAGAUGCGAGGCCGCGUCUUCCCGCAGACGUGCGACUUCCCCCCGUCUGUUUCCACAGAUGAGCUGGAGCGAACCUAUCUGCCACCUUUACACGCAUUGUGUGGCGCCCCCGUCUCUUCGCAGCAAAAGGCGGAUAACCCAGUGUUCCAUUGUGGUCCCAUGGAGCUGACCGCGUUUCCCCGUGAUACAGACGACGCAUCGUUCCUGACAAACGGCGGCGACGCGUGGGCAGCUGUCUUGCUAUUAGAAGAAGAUGUGUGA